AUGGCUCCUGUAGUCGACCUUCUCAAACGACAAUCGAGAUGCCCUAGCGGACAGUACUAUCGUAAUGGUUACUGCUACUCAUCCUGGGCGUGGUAUGGUCGCUGGAUAUUUGCAGCCGUGGUCAUCGCCGUCAUCAUCAUUAUUCUGACUGCGAGUAGCUGCAUAAGGUCAAGACGUCAGAGAAGACGAGGCGUUCAGCCGAUGUACGGAAUGGGAUGGAUGGCACCGCCGCAGAACUACAAUAACGCCGCUCCUCCCGCAUACGGCGCUCAAAAUCAAUCGUACCCGAUGAACAACCAGCCACAGUAUACCGGCAACACGUUCAACACCAACGACGGAUAUUACGGCCAUCAUGAAGGCAUUGCGCCGCCCAAGAAUGUGUACACGAAUGACAACCGCAAUGAGACUUAUGCGCCACCCGAAGGCCCGCCCCCGGGCAAGACUAUCCGAUAG